AUGGCCACUGAGCUCGGAAAGCUGAGAGCUGAGCUCGAGGAGCAACAGAAAGAGAACACCCAGCUUCGGGAGACCAAUAAGAAGCUUGAAGAGGAUAAGGCCUCCACUUUCGAGAUCAUGGAGGAUGGAAAAACUCGCCUUCUUGCUGAAUACAAAGAGAAGAAAGAACAAGCAGUUGACUCUACUAUGUACCGGAUAAUUGGGCUUUUGGAGAUAAUUUAUGGAAUUUUGUUGGGAGAACAGGCCACAAGUUGGAAGCUUGAGGAGGCUAUUCAGCUUUUUUAUAUAGGCAGUGAAGGCGGCACUGUAGUGGGAGGAUCGUCUUCUCAAUUUCCGCCUACAGAAAAUAUUGAAGCUUUGGCCGAACAGACUGCUCGAAUGAUUCGACUCAGUGAAGCCGAAAGGAAUUUGGCACCUAUUGUUGGAGAUGAAGUACGCCCUCCUUUACCUGUUAUCAGGGAAGCCCUUUAUGAUGAUGCCUUAAUGUACGGGGCAUCAAGAAUGAGAAAUCCAUCCUCUGAAUCAAACUCAUUAAUUGCUUUCCAUAAUUUUGAUGAAGAAAUGAAACGCCCUGGGGUUUGGGAAUCAGAGCAAGGUGUUGCAUCAACAGCAGAUAAUGCUCGGGAUAAUCUGGCCUCCUUAUAUCGACCUCCCUUUCAUAUAAUGUUUCAGGGAUCAUUUGAAAAGGCAAAGGGAACUUCCUCUUCUCAGGACAAAUGGCUCUUGGUAAACUUGCAGUCUACUAAGGAGUUCAGCUCACAUAUGGUAGGUAGCGUGUUUCAUUGGACUUUUCUAAAUUGACUGAAAUUGGUGUUCAUUUAACAUAGAUUUUGGUGUUCAUUUCUUACUUUUAUUCUAUUUUGAAGCUUAA